AUGUCAGCAGAUCUAUUUGCGGCGUUUGGACAGCCCGAUACUGCAUCACAGCCCACCACGGCCGCCUCAGAUGCCAACUUGUCGACAACACGACCGGUCAAGGCACAGCAAGUGGCUCUACUGGAAACAGAUUUCGACUCGAGAGAUCCUACGCCACAGCCAUCGUUUUUGGAGGCAUGGCGGCCACCCGCGCUAGAGACGACGAACAGUGAUGCUGAAGUGCUGUUUGAUGCAACGACCGAACAACCAUCAGAUAGCAACAGCGAGGACGAAUGGGGGGAUUUUGAGAGUGCAGAACAGCCGCCGUCAUCUCGAGAUAAUGGCUCCUUUGCCUUACAAGAUCCGAUCUUCGAUAUCAGCCAUGGAACCGAAUCCACGACUCAGCUAAAGCCAGCGUCACACCAGGUUGCCAGACCUCAGCCUCAACUGCACGAUGUCAUCGAUCUGCUUUCAAUCGACGAUGAUCCUCCAAGAGCUACGGCAAGUUAUUCUACGGGUGAUCAACCAGUCCAGCAUCCUAUGAACCGGGCACCGAGCGUGGAUCUCGCUACCAGUCACCCAGCUCAGGAAGAUGAAGCCGAGGAGGAUGAUUGGGGUGAAUUUAUUGAUGGAGCUGAAGAUGCCGGUACCAAUAUUCAGCAACCAAUCCCUACGAUGUCACGGCCCUCCCUCGCGAAGACAGCCUCGCAUAGUCUCCCGACCAAGUCCGAGACCAAAUCGGGCACGGAGAAAAUGGAGGCGCCCAAGGCAGAUACAGCCCUGCCGACCAAAGACCAUCCGGUCCGACCCACGAAUAUCCCACCACCAUCAAUCCUACUGCCGCUAUUCCCGCCGCUACUCGAGCAGUCUAGACGAAAAGCGGCAACUCUGGCAAAGAGCAAACCCGAUCACGAGUUUGCCAACCAAUUGAUAUCCAAUAUCAAGGCCAUGGCCCAUGUUGUGUCCGGACGGCAGUUGCGGUGGAAACGAGACCAAAUAUUAAGCCAGAGCACUAAAAUCGGGCCGGCCAGAUCUGGGCGAUCCGGGGGCAUGAAAUUGAGCAGCGUCAACAAAUCAGAAAACGUCAAGGAGGAAAAAGAAGCCGUGGAGGUCCUCGAGGCGUGGAAGAAGUGCAGCGGCAUCCUCAACUCCGUGAUCGCAUCCACGGGAAGCCGACCGAUGCCUCCCAUGUCACUGCACAUGCAGGUGCGCACUGCAACUGCCGACGAAGGAGCCCUGAGAUCAACGCAUGCCUGUGCACUGUGCGGGCUGAAGAGAGAAGAGAGGAUCCCUCGCGUCGACGACGAUGCAAGCGACAGUUUCGGAGAGUGGUGGCUAGACCACUGGGGCCACGCGGACUGUGAGGCUUUCUGGAAAUUCAAUGCAGCCAAGUUAGAUCAUCGAUGA